AGUUGCAACAGAUGGCUUACAGGAAACCAAUUUCAUGCAACAUACUCAUAAAGAUUGUGUAUCUGCAUUUUAUGUGUGUCGGUGUGUGUGUGUGUGGGUUGGUGUAAUUGACUUGUUGUAAAUGCGGGUGUGUGAGAGAGGGUUUGUGUGUGUGUGUGUGUUGGUGUGUGUUAGACUUGGUGUUCUUGUGUGUGUGUGUGUGUGCGUACCCUCACCUUUGGCCCGCUCUGUGAGGGUCCUCCAGCGGGGGUCUGGGCUGGCCUAAGCAGGUGUGCGUCCUUGUUUUACCACUCGCCCUUCUACAGUGUUUCACACAGUCCGUUUCCCAGAGAGAGGAACCGUUGAAAUAGUGCAGAGUAAUGAAUUGAAGUGGUCAUUUCCACGCAGUGCUGUGAGAUAACGAAAGUACAGCUCUCAAGAAGGGGGAGGUGAUUGCUAAGAACAUAACGACAUCAAGUGCGCGAGUCACCAGGCGUUUGUUUUGAAAUUUUAAAUGCUUGAGCUAUUAGAUAAUGACUCACUUCGGAAAUGUUAGUCUGGUUGGCGCAUGGCCAUCGUGAGUAAGGAGUCUGAGUAUCCUAGAUGAAAGAGGCGAGUCCGGGCUACAGAACUGUGACCAUCUUCGUCGCCGGGAUCGCCGUCAUCGCGCUCGUUGCCCUGGUGACCGUGGGAGUGUUGCAAAACAAGCCCCUCCCCCAGAAGUACAAGUAUGGCAUAGUGAUGGACGCAGGCUCCUCCCACACGGCGCUCUACAUCUACCAAUGGCCGGCGGAGAAGGACAACAACACCGGCCGCGUCACGCAGACCGACUCCUGCAGGGUUGACGGUCCGGGUAUCUCCAGCUACGCCUCCAACCCGCGGGGGGCAGCGGAGUCCCUGGGAGAGUGCAUGCUGAAGGCCAGGCAGGCCGUCCCAAGCAGCCGGCACGGGGAGACCCCUCUGUACCUCGGGGCCACGGCCGGGAUGAGGCUGCUCAACAUUGAGAACGCGUCGGCCUCUGACGCUGUGUUCCAGGCGGUGGAGGCGGCCCUCCACAGCGCCCCGUUCUCCUUCCGGGGGGCGCGCAUCCUCAGCGGGCAGGAAGAGGGCGCCUUCGGCUGGGUGACCGUCAACUACCUGGACGACCGCCUCACACAGGGCCAGGAGACCACCGGUGCACUGGAUCUGGGCGGGGCCUCCACGCAGAUCAGCUUCGUCUCCGCCCGCUUCGACGGAACCGAGUCGCCCGACAACCUGAUGACCUUCCGUCUCUACGGCAACGACUACAACCUGUACACACACAGCUACCUGUGCUACGGCAAGGACCAGGCGCUGCGGAAGAUGCUGGCGCUCCAGACCGCGUCGGGACCAACGAGUCUGUCCGACCCGUGUUUCCAUCCGGGCUACAUCAGGACGAGGGACUACUCUGAGCUCUACGCCUCCCCCUGCGUCGCCCGCAGCAAACCCCAAGCGUCUCCGAGGAACUUCACCCUCAAGGGGACGGGAGACUUCGACUCGUGCCGGACGGCCGUCAAAAAGAUCUUUGACUUCUCCAAGUGCAAUUUCAGCCGCUGCUCCUUCAACGGGGUCUUCCAGCCCGAGUUGCAGGGGUCUUUCGGGGCCUUCUCAGCCUACUACUUUGUGUUGGACUUCCUGAACCUGACCGACACCUCGGCCCCCAUGGAGACCAUCAAAGAUAAACUCAGAGAGUACUGCGCCACGCCCUGGGCCGAUAUGCAGAGGCAGCAUCCCAGCACCAAGGUGAAAUACUUGGCUGAGUACUGCUUCAGCGGCACAUACAUCCUCACCCUGCUGACCGAAGGCUACAACUUCACCGCCGACACCUUCAAGGAAAUCACCAUCAUCAGGAAGAUCAAAGGCAGCGACGCGGGCUGGACGCUGGGCUACAUGCUGAACCUGACCAACAUGAUCCCGGCCGAGGCCCCCGACGCCCCCCCGCUGCCCCACGCCGGCUACGUGUCCAUCAUGGUGCUCACGGGCCUGUUGCUGGGGGUCCUUCUCCUCUUCAUCACCUACACCCUCAGCAAGACGCAGUGCUCCAACCCGCACAAGAUCGUAUGAGCUGAGGCCUGUA